CCUACUGCCGCGGUAGGUCCGCGUGGGGCGACAUCGCGAGCGCGAACAGGAGCGUCUCAGUAGUCCGCUGGCGUUGGCGGCGGUGACGUUGCCCGAGUCGCGGUCAGGAUGCUCGGGCCGCGAGUGCUUGGCAGCUUCGCUCGCAUCCGUCGGUGCGCGACCCGCUGAGCGACGUCUGUCUCGAUGCCAAUUGCCACCGGAGGUCCCUGACACUUAGCAAUUCGACGGGGAAACAUGAGGGUCCCGACGCAGGAGUCGUAGCUACAGUCAUCGCCCGGACCAAGUCGCAGCUCCAAGGAGGUGGACCAAGAGGACCGUCAGCAGUCCCUCCUCGAACGUCCCACUAUGGCCGUCAAGGAGUGGUUCAGGAAGUUCCAGCCGGUGCAGCUCUACCUCGUGCUGUUUUUCACGGCCGCUUUCUUCGUCGUGGAAAUCGUGGCCAGCUACAUCACGCACGCGCUCACCCUUCUUAUGAACGCCUACCACAUGCUCUGCAACAUCAUCGCUCUUAUCGGUUGCAUUGCCUCGAUUAAGUAUAAAGAUGAUAGCAGCAAGAGUCAUCAGAAUUCAUUGAAUUCUUUGAAAAUGUCAACAAACACGUUGAACGAGAAAACUAUUGACAUACCAUCAGCAAAUAAGUUCAAGCAAGCGCGGUCGGAAAAGCGCAUGAAAAAUACAUUCGGAUGGGCGCGAAUCGACAUCGUGACAAUGCUCGUCUGUUGCGUCCUCCUCGCCUCCUUCUGCUUCUCCCUCAUCGUGGAGGCUCUGCAGACUCUCGUGCACAUCGAUCACCUUGACGCGAUGCACCACCCGCUGCCGGUGAUGAGCAUCGGCGCCUCGGGCAUACUCCUCAAUGCCUUCUGCUACUUUCUCAUCGGCGGCUAUACCUUCAACCAGGGCAUCUUCUUACACUUCACGCAGGACGGUGACGUCGUCCUCAAGAGAAGCAUCGACGUGCAGUCGACGAAAGGCGAUCAGAUCGAGCAGAGCCGUCGAGGACUCGUGAUCCUACCAAUGAACCAAGGACUACGGGAGAUGUGCCGCGAUGUCCUCGGCUGUGUGCUUGUAAUGAUCGCCUCCUGUAUGGUCUAUUUUACCGAAAGUCAUAUCGCUAAAUAUAUCGAUCCGAUAUUCGCGAUAAUCUCGGCGAUAUCGUUAUUCCUUCUCAGUUAUCCUUACAUGAAGGAAUCCGGUUUGAUUCUCCUACAAACCAUUCCGAACCAUAUCAACAUCGACUCUUUACAGAAAGAACUUUUAAUAGCGUUUCCGGAUAUUGUAAGCGUACAUGACUUGCACGUGUGGCAGCUGAAUGGAGAGAAAGUCAUAUCGACUGUUCACAUCAUUUACGCGGAUCCAACGGUGUGUGCGAGAAUCACUGACCAAAUAACUGCCUUUUUCAUCGAAAUGGGUAUCACACAUGUAACCAUUCAGCCGGAAUUUUGUAAGAUGAAACCGCACACCGGACCACACACCGACUGCUUAAUAAAAUGUCAAAGUAAGCACUGCAAUGCUUCCACGUGUUGCUCGAGAGACGAUUUGGACGAUGACGAGCAGCACAAUGACAAGCCAAUGUUCAGCAAAAAAUUCGGAUCUAAGGAAAUUCUCCCAGCGUCGUCGGGCAUAGAUCUAACAAAGUUUACCAUGAAAGUUACCGAAGUAAACGAGACUUCCAUCCGUACCAAUGAGACACAACAGCCGCCUCCGAAUUUAAAGCAGAUAAGUGCGUGCGACAUGGCCGUUGAAGUGAGUGGCAAGGAUGCGAAUAAUUUUCGCACCGUAAAUGUUGAUGUGAAAAGUACAGCGCCGACGACACCCGAUGAAGGUGAAACAAUAACGGAAUGUAGUGACAAUUGCUCGCGCCAAGAGAAGAUAAACAUCAGUUGAUGGAGAAAGUAUGCGUGUGCCUUAUUGUUAUAAAUGAGAUUCUUUUCUUUUUCUAUUUUUAACGAGAAGACUGUAUGCUAGUAUUAAAUUAUAUAAAAACCGCAGUGACUUCUUAUCUAUUUGUACAAAUGCACACGAGAGUCAAGAUUCUGUACAAUCAGUAUGUUAUGGAAUAUUGAUUAAAUAUUGAAAGGCGAGUAUUUUAAUUUGUGAAUUUUAUACAAUGCAAUUAUAAA